AUGGGUUUGUGUUGGUAGGCUGGAGUUCAAUUAAUCAACCGCACAUACUAUUCUUUCGUUUCAAUCGCUCUGUGUUACCCUUGGUCCAUACCAAGACACACUCAUUUUUAUUUUCAUUCGUUCAUUUAAUCUCAUUGUCGAUUUUCUGUUUCGUCGCCAGCAGGCCCGGCCCAACGAGGAGAAUUCGAUCAUGUUUAACCUUCAACUGCUGGCAUCAGCCUUGCUGAUAUUUGCGGCCGCCAGACGGGCCAGCGCUGUCGACUCACUCGUGGAUCUCGGCUAUACCCAGCUUCAAGGGACUCCUGAGGAGAUCGGGGUCACCCAAUGGCUUGGGGUGAGAUUCGCAGCUGCGCCGGUUGGAGACCUUCGCUUCGCUGCCCCUAUCGACCCGCCAGCGACAACUGAAGUCGUCCAAGCCACCGAGUUCCAGCCGAUAUGUCUCCCCAGAGCUGCGUCAGACUUCACUAUGCAGCCGAACAAGAGGUUCACCGUGGACGAGGACUGCCUCUUCGUCAAUAUCUUCGCACCUACCAACGCUACUGCAGAUUCCAAGCUCCCGGUGAUGUAUUUCAUCCAGGGCGGUGGUUUUCAGUCGCUCUCGAAUGCGAAUUUCAAUGCGAGCGAGUUGGCCGCAUUUGGAAACAUGAUUGUGGUGCAGACGAACUACCGCGUAGGACCUUUCGGCUUCCUACAGAGCCAGGAGGUUAUCAAUAACGGCAGUCUCAACAACGGACUCAAAGACCAGAUUCAAGGACUCAAGUGGCUAAAGACCAACAUUGCUGCUUUUGGCGGCAACCCUGAGCAGAUGGUAGCCGUGGGAGACUCGUCAGGGGCUACCUCCAUUUCGCUCUUAAUGAUGGCCUUGCGCAACGACACCAGCCUCAUCAAGGGUGCUAUCAUGGAAUCAGUGUCCGUAGCCACCAUUCGGAUACUAGAACAAGGCCAGGAACAGUACGCAUGUCUCGUCAACGCAUCAGGCUGUGCGGAAUCGGACGACACGCUGGCUUGCAUGCGGGCCCUCCCUGCCAGCUCUCUCCAGACUGAGGAAUGCCAAUUUAACCCACACAUCGACGGGGAGCUCAUCGAGGAGGCUUCUGUAACGGCAUUCGCCAAGGGCAACUUCCUGAAGAUCCCCACCAUCGUGGGCUCCUGUACAGACGAGGGCACCAAGAACGUGGCAAAGACCACCAACACUACCGAGGAUGCCCUGACGUUCUUUAACAACCAGGCCUCCCAGUCUCUGUCUAACGCUUCACUCGACCUUUUGGCGGAGACUUAUCUCAACCCCGACCCUCCAGCCCCCAUCUUCGACGAUGCCGGUGCAUUGUGGCGACCCCUCGCUAACGGCAUGGGUGACAUCCGUGCCCACUGCGUAAGCGCCCAGCUGCAGAACGACAUUGUCGCUGCGAGCAGCACGACAGCGCCCACUUACAACUACCGCUACGCCGUUAUAGACCAGGAGCAGGAAGAGCUCGGAUUCGGUGCCUACCACACGGUCGAGCUCAACGGCGUGUUCGGGCCAAACAAUACGGACGGUGCCCCGCCGAAGAGCUACUUCACCACCAACGCGGCCAUUGUACCCGUUACCAUGGCAUACUGGGCCAGCUUCGUUGCUACCCUCGACCCCAACACCCUUCGCCUCGCCGGAUCGCCCGAGUGGACGCCCUGGACCGGCAAUGGCGACGGGCAGCGCGAGAGGUUGCGGUUCCAGACCAACAACACGGCCAUGGAGCAGAUGAAUACGACGCAGGCGCUCAACUGCGAAAUGGUCAAGCCCAUGAUUGUCGCUAUUGAGAGGCCGCCGUCUUCCUCCGACCCGCUGGUGGAGCUUUCAAAGCCAGUGACGUCUAAUAGCACCAAUGCUGAGCCAGUGGCCGCGGAGAUGGUGUUGACCAAAUGUAUAAUAAUGCAGACCGAAGUCGGCCCCGGGAUAAGGGCGGGAACUAACACUGAGAAUGGCUUUUAUGGUUGA